AUGAAAGAGUUCUUGGAGAAGAGCGAGACCGACGCAAAGGCAAAAAGAGCAGUUGAAACACUGUUUGAUCUAUUCAAAGUGAAGGUCAGCAGAAACCCCACAGCUAACCACGCUGUUCUUCUGUGGAUAAGCAACUUGUACUACGCAAGUAUCCAUGGGGUGAAAGACGUCUACAAAAAAUACGAUGAAAAUAUUAACGAGCUGUACAAAUACAACAAAAUAAAAGACACAGCACAGGAAAUACUUGGGAAAAUAGCAGAGAUCAAACACACGACAAAUAAGAAGAUAGCAGAAGAGUACGAAGCACCCGAGUAG